UGAAUAUGACCCCUUCAUCUGAUUAAAUUAUUGAUGAGGUCUUUUCCUUUCUCCUAAUUUUCACGAAGAAAAAAAGAAAAGAAGGGGGAGAGUGCGGCCGGUGAACGGUACCAAGAUCUCGGGUCAACCACUGAAUGGGUACCAAAACCUCAAUGUUUUGAAUUUGGGAUUCUUGCAGUCUGCAACGUCUCCCUCUAAGAAACCCUAGUUACUCGGUAUCUGCGUGCUUCUGUUCUGCUCCUUCUCUUUUGAUGGGUUGGACUUUGCUCUUUUGGCUUCUAUUCUGUUUCCCUCUCAACAUUGCCCUCCUCGCCUCUACUUUCUACCAGCUUUUGAUCUUGACGGACUUGGAAGCUGAUUACGUCAACCCAUAUGAUGCUUCAUCUCGGAUUAAUUACUUCGUCCUUCCUGAGUUUAUUGGGCAGGGGCUACUGUGUGCUCUCUUCCUCUUCACAGGGCACUGGUUCAUGUUUUUGUUGACCGUUCCCCUUACUUGCUAUCAUGUGAUGCUGUACGUGAAAAGGCAGCAUCUCCUUGAUGUCACUGAAGUGUUUAGGGUACUUAAUUCUGAGAAGAAAUAUCGGAUUGCUAAGCUUGCUUUCUACUUAUCUCUCCUUCUCAUCACUGUAUUCAGGCUUACGUUAUUUAUUGUAUACUAUUUAGACCUUGAUGAUGACUGAUGAAUCUUCAUGUAACCAUUCCUUGAGCAAUAUAGCAACCACUCCGUUCGCUUCGAAGGGACCUGGGAAACCAUAGGCCGCAAUGGGUGAUAUGUACAAGCCCGAGGAUAGACUCGCAAUACCUCCGUCCAAGAGGCAUUUACUUGAAGUUGAUUAAGUUGGGUUGGUUGGGCCUCCUUGAGAUAGGACUUCGUUUUUUUCUUAGGCUCUUUUUAAAAACCGUAAAGGCCCAAAUAGGCGUCGCUCGCUGAAGGAACUUGAUGAGUUAGGUGAGGAGCCAUUUCCCGAAGCACCCGGCUGAGGGUGGUUUCCCAGUCGAUGUCAUCUCGUUUUGCUGUUACAGCUUAUUUAGGCGGGGCAAGCCAUCGUUAAUUGAGUGUUGAAGCGGAUCCGGAUGAUACUAAACGUAUAUUUAGAAAUAGGUGGACUAUGUACAGUAUGUAUGAUUUGUUACUACACAAUCUUCUUUAUCUAUAUAUAAUAUAAAACUUACAGGAAAUCAUUAUUGUGAAUUAAUUUAAAAAGCGAAAA